AUGAAUUUAGCGUCGGCGGAUACUGACAGCUCUAGAGAUGUGAAAAACGAAUGGCUAUGUCAACAAUGUUCCAUGAAAAAUGAACAAUUAGCAACACGUUGUGCUCAUUGCUCAGCCUUAAAAGCGCUACCCGUAAAUGCAGGUGUGUCAAAGAGAAGCAUUAUUUCUUCUGUUGAAGAUAAAGAUUCAGUGGUAGUUUCAUCAACCAGAGACCAAGAAGAAGAACCCUACGAGCAUUCGGCACAAACACCCAGAGUGUAUCCAGAUCUUGAUCCGAUGAAAGCGGCUGAACGUGACACAAACGGUUUCGAACAUAAUGCCACAGCAGAAAAGAAGAGACCAAGUCAAUCAGAAGAGUCACAAGUGGAACCGAUGGACACAAACAAUGGAGUUAGUGCGGAUUGUCCAUCAUCACCAAAAGAAGACUCAAGUAUUUCAGUGUCUACACAAUCUGCAUCGAAUGACGAAUGUAUAAGUAAAGUAUACGUAACUGAUCUACCUUUAGACAUCGACAAUAAUCAUGAACUCGAACAGAAGCUCCGACAACGUUUGACAGUCGUACUUCGAAUAGAGCCACUUGAAGUCAAGUGUUAUUCCAACUUUGGCAUUGCUUGCUGCCGUGUUAAAGACAACGCAGAGAAAGAACACCUUACUCGAGUAGUUGGCAAAAUAGCAUGGGAUGCAGACGAUUCAGUUAUGAUUUCAUUUCGAGAAACAAUCGAAUUCAUAUCGUAUAUUGUGUUCAAAAGAACGGAGGAAAAUAACAGUUUUGGCUCUGUGACAGUGAAUGAAAUCGUCCGUGCAUGGAUAGAUAGCUACAAUGCAGAGGCGCCGAUUGAUUGCACUCAAUGUGAUGGUCAAUACCCGAACAUCUACCUUAUCAAGACUAAAGCACUCGAUGAGUUAAUACGCGUCACAUUGAGCCCUAAUUUGGUUGUAAGAGAUCAGUCAGCUCAAAUUUAUCCAUGUGCGUUUUGUGACUUCUUGGAAGAUCUACCAGCAAUGACAACUGAAAAUCAACUGCGAGACUUGAUAUGUAACGUAAUUCAGUUAACCAUUGUUUCACCUUCAGCUCUGUGUAUUGAACUCAACAAAAAGAUGAGCAAUGUAUGUAUUAUUACGACAAACGAGGCGCGCAAAUGGGCGAAAUAUAACUCCAUCUACAUAGAUUAUCAAUAUGUACGGAAAAGAAAAUCCCUUAGCCAUCGACUUCUUCUGAGUCCAAUUUGUGACAAAGAGGAUGCUGAUAUCAUUGUUCGCGACAAGAUCUUUGCCGGAAAAGCAAAAAUACUUUAUCAUCUUGGACGAGAUUUGAUACUUAAAAUACAUGACAAAAAUCUGUAUGAUGAUUGUUUAAAUCGUGCUACGCUCAAGAUUGGCAAAGAUAUUAAUGUCACUAUAAAGAAUUAUCCUGGUAGACCUCAUCCAAAUGCAACUGAGAUCGACAGUUACACGUGGUAUGACAAAAAAAUGCUUGAAUGUGAACCAAACAUUAUGCCGUUUCUUACACAGCCUGAUCACAAGAUUUUCCGUUUGACAUGGAAUGCACAAGUUUGGCUUGACCAAUUUAAUCGUCUUAAGACUUCACAAAGACAAGAUUUGCAAAUUUAUGAUGAUGAUAAUGUUGACGAUGACAAACCGGAUCAUACUUUGGCUAAUGAAAUACGCCAUCGACUUCGCAUAACUGUCAUGCUCAAUACUCUCGCUGUGAUACGAAAUCGCAGUUAUACCAUUGAUGGCAAGGAAUUUCCAUUGAAUUUGAAUGAUCGACAAAAGACCAUUGUCUAUAAUCAUAAAUCAAUCUUGACACUUAGUGGACUUUUACCUAACAACAGAGCGCCCUACGAGAAAACCGAAGUUAAAGUGAUAAACGAAGACUGUUUAAUAGUUUAUGAGAGUUACGCUGCACAAGGAAGAAAAGCUCUACUUCUGAAUAUGGCCAACGCAUUCAGUCCUGGUGGUGGCUAUCGAAAAGGCGAUGGAGCACAAGAAGAAAACCUCUUUCGACGAUCAGAUUAUUUUCGCAGUUUGGAUGCAGAUCUUGACCAAUUCAUUCAACCAUCAGCACGAUUUUAUUGUUCAUCAACAGGUCGUUGUGAACUCCUAGCAGAUCCAUCUACUAUGUAUCGAAUGGACGAAUAUGGUGCUAUUUAUACAUCAGGAAUAACUGCAUUUCGUCAACCAGAAACGGAAGGCUACGAAUUUAUGCGUCAACCACUUACGAAUGUUUGUUCAUUGGCCAUGGCGGCGUAUCGGAAGCCGCUGUUGGAAGGAAAUAUGCUCUCGGAAAAAUUUGCUGUAGGAACAAGAAAAAAGAUUGAAAAUAUUUUCGCUAUCGCUCAUCAUCAUGAACAUGAUACUCUCAUUCUAUCAGCUCUCGGCUGUGGAGCAUUUCAAAAUCCGCCGAGCCACGUCGCCAAAAUCUUCCGUUCAGUUAUCGAACAAUAUGCUGGCUUUUUUCGGUUAAUUGUGUUCGCCGUCAUCGAUGAUCAUAACACGGGACAAAAGUUGAACGUCAAUGGUAACUUUCUUCCAUUUGAAAGCGAAUUCCAACAAUCGACUUUCGAAGCGAUUCGACCAAUCAACAAGUCGAACACAAUGUUUGGCCCGUAUCGGUUUUCGUCUGAUGGUUCAAGUGUGGAAAAUGUCGCCAUUUUCGAUCUAACACCGUGUAAAUACGGAGCGAAAUGUCGAGAACUGUUUGAACCAGCUCAUACAUGUCAAUAUUCUCAUCCACCGCUUUGUACAGAGAUGUCUCUCACAGACAAAUGUACGAUGAAGGAUGAUUUAGUUCAUAUGGCAUCGUUUAUUCAUCGACCGCGAUGUCCACAAGGUGGUUUAUGUAAAGCUGUAGAUGAUAAAAUCCAUUCACGAGAAUUUGAGCAUCCUCCUUAUUGCUCCACUGGCAGCGAUUGUCAAGAUACAAGCGACAAACAUGAAAAAGAAUUUCGCCAUUUACCAUCAUGCAAAAACGCACACAAAUGUAAAGAAUACUUUCAGAAAGUUCGAGAACACUGCAACGCUUAUCGUCAUUGUAGACCAUCUUGUCCAUACGGCCGGAGUUGUUUCUAUUUUCACGAUAAAUUGCAUAUGGUUGAUUGGCAACAUCCUUUCCCGACACCCUGUCCAUGGACACCACAUCAUUGUGCACUAUACCAAGAGUUUCAAAAUACUUCCUAUACAGACAAGAUUUCCAACCGUAUCCAACACCAUUGCUCGACGUUUGCUCAUGUGUGCGUAUAUGGACGUAACUGUGGGCAUCAGAAUGCAUCACACUGGGAAACAACAAUUCAUAUCCCCCGACGCGGCUGUCCGGAUGGUAAAAAAUGCGUGGAAUUAAGGAACGAAGAUCAUUUGAACUCGUUCAGUCAUUCCAACCUUCAAGAUAUUCGAUAUUCGUGUAAGAAUGGUCCAGGUUGUGGAGAACAGAGCAAUGUCGAGCAUAGAUUUCAAUACUGCCAUACACCGAUUAACGAAUGUCUAAGUGUUAUACCCUAUUACGAUUUAAAUAGCAGAAUCAACUUUCUUCUGAAUCACCGAAAUACUAUCGACCGCAUCGAAGGAUUUGUCAGCCGCAAUGGAUGGACGCCGUUUACGCUCGAUCUCAAAUCGCGAGACAUCAUCGACUGGCUGCGAACUGUUCGGCCUGUUUAUCGUUGUGGAUUAGAAGUACUCACAUCGAUUCUUCUUCAUGAGCAUGUCAUGAGCCGUGCAACUAUGGAAAAUUUCAAAAAGGCAGAUUUCCUUGCCUUUUAUAUAGCACAAAAUAGACAAAUAAUGUCUGAUCCUGGUCUAGUAACCGAAACGCAACGACCACAUGUUCAGAAAUAUAUCGCUGCGGUGAUCAAUGCUUACUAUAGAAAAUUUGAGUUCUCGAAGGCCAAUUUUGAUUAUUCCAACAACGAACUAGAUCCAGCGGAGCCUGAACAAAUUCUCCUUUCACAGGGUAUUUCUCGCGGCAACAUCAAACUAAUUUUCGACUUGACUAUACAAAUAAUUCAGGCAACAAUAAGACUACAUACAGAACUUCUUCGCACAAAUCCACCGUUUGACGUGAAACCAGAGAUCAGUAAACACGUUCUCGGCGUUCUUGGGUCGCAUGUAAAUUACAAUUGUGAUGACAUAGUGAUCGUGUUCAAACGAGAAGUACUUCAUCAUGUUGAUGCUAAUUUUUCUACCCAACCAUUUGUGUCCUAUCAAACUGGAGCAUACUACCAAUGCCAGCCAUGGUUAAGCGACGAAUCAAGUGAUGUAAGUAACAAAAUGAAACUCUUCAACGAAACGAAGCUGCAUGCCGCAAUUCCAGGCUAUGAACAAGCGGCUGCUAUGGAAUUGAUAGGUCUUACAAGUUAUAGCACGCAUGGACGAAGAAUGGAUAUUGAUCUUAAUACAAUAUUAGGCCAAUGGCUUCUUGUCCAGCCGCAAAAUUCGAUAGAAACUCGCUUACCGCAACGGAUUCCCUUGGAUUAUAUCGACGAAAUUUUCAUGACACAAAGUAUGUUUGAGUCAUUUGAGAAUGACAUACGAGAGAAACUCAAAACUGUCCUCGGUGGGCGUUUGCGAGUUGUAUCGAUGAAAGAGAAUGAUAAAUAUCGUCAGUCUAUUAUAACCACCUUACUUCAACAGCAUUGGAAGAAAAAUGACUUGCAAUCGGUUGCUCAAGGUUUGACUAUGACUAUCCCAUCUACUAACUUUCUUGAUAACCUUCUCACGCCCAUCAGGAUAUCAGAUUUGUACGAAUACGAUUCCAAACAUCGCUCGAAGAGUUCAAAAGACAAGACAUAUUACAUAUACUGGCAAAUAUCGAACGGUGACAUGAUGUUAACACUAUCAAAGAAACAGGACAAUCCAAAUGAUUGCAAUUCGAAAACAACUAGCUUGCUGAUCUAUAUAGCAGAAAAGCCAAAUACAAACACAGCACAAUACCAAGAAAAUCCUUCCUAUUUGAAUUUAGGCCAACCAUAUCAACAUCAAGCAUUCAUCGAUGAAAAGCGAUAUGUAGCUCGAUCGAAAUCGUUCUAUUGUGGAUGUAAUUUGAAUGAUUUUAUUACUUUCUGUCUCGAAGUACAGCCUUCCAAUAACACAGUCAAUCUUUCCCAUGCUGGCCCAAAUUCCAUUUACAAUCACGAAGUAAUUUCUGCCAGAUUCCAGACAUCGACACUCAAUGUCGCAGAUUUAGAACUUCUCUACGUCAGCACUGGAAAUCGUGCAGUAACAAUUCAAAAUCUGUUCGUUACGUUGGAAAAACAAGAACACUUACAUCCGCAAGUUGAUCUUAAGCUAGAUAAAUUGUCUUCAUUUGCACUGGCAACAUCUCGAGAUAAUCAAGCUAAGAGAGAUCCUUUUGUGCCUCCUGCAUCGCCCUCUCCGGCCGCUGAGGGCCAAGAAAAACAAUCCAUUGGCUUUAUGAAUCAAGUGAGAAAUAUGGCUGGGCAAAUAAAAGAUGACAUGAGAGACAUGGUUUUCGGUAACAGGAAAGAUCCAACGCCAUUAAAAAUGUGCAAACACGGUAUUAACUGUUUAACUCAAUUUUCAGAUGAUGGGCCACUUCAUAAUUCUAAGUACCUCCAUCCAUGCCGUUUCGCUGAUCGUUGCAGGGAAUACGAGCCUCAUUUGAUACAUGACCCUCACCCAGCAACUGUGUGUUCGACAGGAAAGGAUUGCAAACUAUUAGCUGAUGCUUUUCAUCGAGCAAAAUUUUAUCAUUCGGGUUUACCCUAUUUUUUGAUUCCAUGCAGACAUCAAGCACAAUGUGUAGACAAGACAGAUAGACACCGCAUCAAAUAUUCACAUGGCGAAAAAGUUCUCGAAAGAAUGGAAAAACCAUCACGAAAUGAAGCAUCCAAUGCUCGACAAGGAAAUAAUAAUCAUCAACAAUUAACUCCGUGUAGAUAUGGUGCAGAUUGCCGUGAUAAAAGCGAUCAGUCGCAUUGUAGAAAAUACAGCCAUCCGAGUACUGGUGUUCCAAAGAACGAAAACAAGUCUCCAUAUGCAUCUUCAUGCUAUUCAGAUCACUAG